AUGACGGGGACGGCGGCGGCCGGGAGCGAAGAAGGGGGCUUUGCGGGGGGCGCUGAUGACGGUGAGGGCGAAAAGGGGCUCAAAGCGACGCCACAAGGUAGUUACCAAAACUCUAUUGGGCAAGACUAUCGCAGCCCAAUGUCUCAGUCAUCUGUUAGCAGAAGCAUCCAUGUAGUCAUUGAUAUAAUCAUAGAUCAAUUUCAUCACAUAAUCAAAUUUCCACGCACAGUGGAAGAAAUCACAGUGACAAAAAAUAGAUUCUUCCAACGUUUUCAACUUCCAGGAGUUGUGGGCUGCAUUGACUGCACUCACGUGCCAAUUAGUGGAGAAGCUUUGGUUUUAGGGAACAUUGAUGUGCCAAGAUUAGUGUUUAUGAACAGAAAAGGCUAUUUUAGUUUGAACUGCCAGAUAAUAUGCGAUUCAAAUUUAAGGAUUCUGCAUAUGGGUGCUCGUUUUCCCGGAAGUGUGCAUGAUGCAGCUAUUUGGCAGCUGAGUGAUAUUCAGGUUUAUUUGAGAAGACGUUUCUUUAAUAACAAUGAUGAGACAACCUGGCUAUUGGGGGAUUCUGCAUAUCCGUUAACACCUUAUCUACUGACACCAAUUAAUGGGGCAGAUCCAAAUACUCCAGAAGGACGAUAUACUUAUGCUCAUCGUUUAGCUAGAAAUAGCAUAGAACGAUGCAUUGGAGUUCUUAAAACGGCAUGGAGAUGUUUACAUAAGGACAGAGUUUUAAAAUACCAUCCACUAUUUGUAGCAAAAAUUUUUUACACGUGUGGUAUACUCCAUAAUAUCAUGAGAAUGAGAAAUAUUGAAAUAGAAAUCGAUUAUGAUAUGCACAACGAACUUGAAGUAGAAGAUUUUAAUGACGCUGAUUUCAAUGUUCAAUUAUUGCACCUAGGACGACAAAGAAGAAACAAUGUUAUUCAAAAUAAUUUUUUGUAA